UUUUGGGAAAUUACGUAGCAGCGUAUUUUGCAAAGAAUAAUUUGUUCACUUUAUUCUAAUUUCGUCUUUUCUUAUUUAUUUGUCUUUUUUUUUUCUAUUUUUAUUAUUUAAACUUAACAAAACAUAUUCAAUUGUUUGACGGUGCAUUCAUGCUGAGCAGACGUUUGUUGAACGCAAUGUAAACAAUGCGCAGUGUGAAAACAAAAAAGUAAAAAAAGUUUUACGAUAGAAGCUAUGAAUGGAUAGACAUUUUGCUUAGUAGAUUAAUUAAUAUGUUAUGGGAUAUGAAGAUGAAUCAAUAAAAAUGCAUUUCUGUAUAAUUUGGGAAAUUUUAAGUCGAUUUCAUAUAAACGCUUUCUUUAGGCAACACUGUUAAAAAUCAACUUUGAGAAAGCUACAGAUAAUACUGAUUCGAGAUUUUCAGUUUGGAGAAUUUUUUUUUUUUGAUAUGUAACUAGUACUUAAAAUUUUUUUUAGGUUAAAAUAUGUUGCUUAUAUAUUCCUUGGUAACCCUGAUAGCAUUAGGCGGUGCGGAGGUAUUCAACUCAACAUCUGGUGAAAGAAAGCAAUACAUUAUUGAUCAAAUGAAACCUGCACCACCAUUUCCAAUUCCUCCUCAACCCUUGGAAAUUCCAGACAAUGAGGGCUUGUCUGCGAUGGAUAGAAUUAUGAUGGUAAAUGAUCAUGAUGGCCUACUGGAGCCACAUCGGCAGGCAUUCCCAAAUGGCGCCCCUCCUCCACCAGAAUAUUUCGAAGGUGACAUCGUCAAAACGCCUCACUUGGCAGAAGCUGUGGACGAAAUGAAACAAAUAAGUAGCCACGGAUUGAAGGCAUUCGAUGCCAUUAACGGAGGACAAUGGCCCAAUGGUGAAGUGCCAUACACAUUUGCUUAUAACUUUCGUGGUCGCAGUGUGGUUUAUGCAGCUAUAGCGGAGUUCAAAAAAUAUACUUGCAUCAAAUUCCGGCCAAAGACAUCCCGCGAUCGAAACUAUGUCCAGUUCAUGCACGGAGGAGGUUGCUCUUCAAUGAUUGGUAGAACAGGUGGUCGACAACAAAUUUCAUUGGCAAGUGGUUGCUUGGUUACUGGUAUAGCAAUCCAUGAAAUGAUGCAUGCUCUAGGGUUUUUCCAUGAACAGUCGAGAAGAGAUCGGGAUAACUACAUAACAAUUUAUUGGAACAACAUCAGCCCAGCCAUGCGCUACAACUUCCAGAAGUACAGAGCUGGACGUGCCUCAACACUUGGAGAACCAUACGAUAAAUCUUCGGUGAUGCAUUAUGGGAAUUAUGCAUUCAGUAUAAACAGAAGAAAAACAAUCGUUUCACGAUCUCGUCCAGACGAAGUUCUGGGCCAAAGAAAAGGAAUGAGCAAGAUUGACAUAAAGCAACUGAACAAGUACUAUAAAUGCGAAGACACUACUGGACCAACUCCACCUAAAGGAGGUAAAUUGACCGACAAAUAUCAAUUUUGCCCUGAUCUUAAAAGCUGGUGCAAGAAAGAUAGUUUCGUGGAAAAGAAUUGCGAACAGUCAUGUUGUAUUGACAAAAAUGCUACUUGUGGCUUUUGGACAAGACAAGGCUAUUGCAAAAUGCAUUACGUGGAUUACAUGAGGAAAACAUGUCCUCGUUCUUGCGGUUACUGUUAAUCAUUUUCGGGCGUGGCGCUGGAUGAAUACAAGAAAACGUUACUAUACAUAUCGCAAAUGAAGAUAAAACAUUACUCUAGUGUUUGAAAAGAUGCAAUUUCGCGUAAAUGGCGUUAUUUGUAGUAAUCUUUUUUGAUUUUUAAAGAAUUUUCUUAUUAGAUUGGUAUAUUAUGUGUUAUUAAAA